AUGAACAGAAGUUACAGCGCAGUCCUACUGUGCCUUUUACUACUUACAAAACCAUUGGCUGAGGCCAGACGAGGCGGCGGCGCCAGCAUUAGCAGAGGAGGCGGAGCUGCUCGUGGUGGAGUUGCUGGUGGAAAUGCGGGAGGAGGUAAGGGUUUUCUUUUGUUGUUUUAUGUUUUUAGAGGUCUGUGAAGUUCUUAAGAGUAUUUUAUACCGAAAUUUGACUUCAAAUCUCGAAGAUUUUUUAUAUUAUACUUGGCAGGGUAUGCCCAAAAAGAAAUGGUGAAUAUGUGGCUAAAGUAGGAAGUGAAUUCGGUGAUGUUUGCUUGAUCUGGACUAGAGUUUCAUAUGUUAUCGUAGAGUUGAAGUUUUGGGUUCGUUUUACUUGAAAAAAUCGGAGAAACUGGUCAAAACUUUAGCCAUGUGCAACAUCAUUACGGAUAGCAGGAAAUUAAGGUGAACCUAAGUUAUUGUUGAAAUUCUUGGAAAGUUUUUUGUAUUGAAAUGUUCGUUAUGCUUUGAUGCGGGUUUCUAAGGAAGUUUUCCGGUUUGACCAGGUUCUUUUUCAACCAAUAUCAGCAAUAUAUUAUUUUUGAUACCUAACUAGGGAAGUGUACAAACGAACCCUCGCCAAAUGGCAAGUGUUAUACACCAUUGGAAAGCCCUUGAAAAAUGGUGCAAGACACCAUUUUCACUUUUUGCAGAAUGCCCCAGGGCAAAAAAUUAUAAACGGUUGAUUUGUCCCUUAAGUAGUUACAAUAUCUGCUGUGGGGCAUAAUACAUGUUAUUUCAAAACGCUAAAUAGUACGGAAUGCUACUGGGUUGGCAUAAGGAUCAUUAUGAAGUUUAGCGCUUGCCAGUAAGACCAUUUUACAUAUGGUAUUUACUGGUUUUAAAUGCCCAUAAUGUGAAAAACCACUUUUCACUUUUUUUAAUGUUGAAAAACAUGUAAGUUUGAUGUUUUUAACCGUAACCGGCCGUCUUCCAGUAAAAUUAAAGCGUUUGUAAAAGUUUAAUGCAAAUAUUUUCCUAACUGUAAGAACGCAAAAAUGAUUUUUCUCAAGCUGGGAACUGAACCCGGCUUGCUUUGGCUUAUCAGCCUGCUCAGCAACCACUACACUAUCGGUCUGUCGGGAAAAAAACGGCGGAUCGUCGCGCCUCGGAGUCGCUCAUCAUCGCUUUGCGAUUGCAAGCCGCGACUUGGGAUUUGGUGCGCGAUAGCGGCGAGGCGAGACAUUUUGCUGCGACGAUCCGCCGUUAUUUUUCCGACAGACUGAUAUUGAAGCAACCCUCUUCGAGGAUUUUUUCCUGCCCAAGAGAAAGAAAUAUUUUUGUUGCAAAAUGGCCUAAAAAUAAUACAAUUUACAGUAUGUCGUCGCGGAAAGUCAUUCUGCAAAAAAUGAAAAUGGUGUCUUCUACCAUUUUUCAAGGGCUCUUUAAUGACGUAUGUCACUUAUCAUUUGGUGAGGGUUCGUAUGUACACUUCCCUAGUAAAACCAAGUUUUUUUUAAAAUUUUCCAGGUAAAUCUCUAAAUUUCUCUUUGAUUUUAUAUAAUUUUCUGAGAGACACUUUAUGAUUAGACUCAGUGCAAUGUGAUUUAUCAUUCUCUUCGCUAUAUUUUACCUGUAUCUUCAUCUUGUUUCAGGUGGCUUUGCUCCAAACCAAGGUGGUGGUUUCCAACGUCCAGGCGGUGGAUUCCAACAACCGCAUCCUCAGCAGCCCACAUUCAACCAAGGGAACCAAGGACAGUGGAAUCAAGGGGGUUCUCGCGGAUUUGGAGGUCCCGGGUUCCAAGGACAGCCACACAUCAACAGUCAACCGCAUUUUACGUCCGGAAACUCGUUGGGAUCUCCAUCCAGAGCUAGUGGAUUUAAGAGUGCGUUGGCUGGAGCUGCUGUUGGUACAAUCGGUAAGAGUUUGGGUUUUGUUUUUUCUUGUUUUAGGAAGAAAAUUUGAGAAGUGUCAUGGAUAAUAUAAGAAAUAGCAUAUUUCUUGUAAGCCUUCAUGUGGAAAGGCAAAAGAUAGAUCAAUUAUAAAAGAAGAAUCCAUUUCUGACAUGUUAAAUUUUAUCUUGCCACCUCUUUCGGCCAUUUUUAUCAAAAUUUUUUGUGAUGAUGGAUAAUAUAAAAUUUGUCGAUUUAUAUGAAUUUUUGGUGUUUAAAGGCACAGAGUCGGUGAAUAAUGGAAAUUAAGCUCCUAGAAGAUCCAUUAGCUAUGUAAUUUAUAUAGCUUUGUCAAAAAAAUUAUCUCAUGGAUAAUAUUAAGAGGCUAAUUUUAAUUAAUUUCCCCCAAUUUUCAGGUGGAUUGCUCGCGUUCGAGGCCGGAAAAGCGAUUAUCCGUUCAGCCACGACUCCAUUCAACCACGAUGGCCGUGAUUACUACUUUGAUCGUCAAAAUCACCCACAAAAUGGCAACGCAAAUAUGUGCGCCAUGCCGUUGCAACAGUUGAUUGCCACUCAAGCUCCGGCCCCCACUACCACCACCACCGUGGCUCCGGUUCCGGCUGCCGGUGAUGCUGGAGCGGCGCCGGUCACCACCACUAUGGCUCCGCAACAGGUUCUUCAGAAUGUAAGUGGUCUAGUGGAAUAUCGUUGAAAGGUUGAUGAAAAAAUGAUUGAUUUGUGAGGAAAAUUUUUUUUUGGAGUUGUGAUGGGAUGGUUUUUGACAUGAGAGAAUAUUUUUUUAUAAAAUGCGACUUUGAUUUUUGAAUUUUGGGUCCCGCCACGAAAAGUUGAAAUGUCCGGAAAGUCGCUGAAAAAGGGUUCAAAUUGUAAAAGAAGCCUUAUAGAACUAUAAAAAAGAAUUGUUAUACACUUUCUCGUUUUUUGUGGCUUUGCUUUUUGAAUUUUUGGGUCCCACCACGAAAACCUGAAAUGUCCGGAAAGUUGCUGAAAAAGGGUUCAAAUUGUAAAGGGAGUCUUAUUGAACUGUAAAAAAUUUUUUUAUACAUUUCGGCUAUAAAAAUUUUCAUUUUCGAACAAACUUUUGCACCUAGUAUAAUAUAAAUUAAUAUCCGAAUUUGCAGAUCCAAUUCCAAGACGGAACCCGUCCGAAAGAGGUUGUCUGGUCAUGCAAAGCCACUGAGAUUUGUUGCGGCACUGAUUGUUGUCCCGCGCCGCAGAAUCAGGCCGGCGCGCCCAACGCGGCGCCGACUGGUAAAAGCGGAGGCGCCGGCAUCGGCGGAAUCAUCCUCGGGUAAGUUGAGUGUGACAAAAUGAGUGUUUGUGUGCUACAGCUAUUCGUUUGUGUCUGUUCAGCAGUUUUGUGGUCGUUGACGGUGAAAUUUUGAGUUUUGGAAAUCGACCGGUCGAUUUUUGAAAAUGAGAUUUUUUGAAUUUUUGGAAGAAUUUAUAUGUUGUAAACAAUUUUAUGCCUAUUUUACAUUGAUUUAGUCGAUUUUAAAGCCAAAUUCGAAAUUUUUUGUUGUAUUGGACAUGUGUAUGUAAUGUGUUGUGUUGUGUGUAAGAUAACAAAAAAUUUCCCUCCCGCACUAAUUCCGCACAACCCCCGAGACUAUUGCUCGAUUAUUUCCAGUGCUUUAGUAUUCUCCUUAUUCUACUGAUCCUCUCCUGCUGCUGCUGUUUCCUGGUCUACAAGUUCUGCCGCGAAUCCAUUGAAUGCCUAAUACCGAAGCGCCGAGAGGACAAUUAUUACGACGAUGGCACUAAAUAUGAUGGAAAUGGACAAGGUUAGCGAUUUUUGAAGGUUUCGGGGAGAUUUGAAGGGGAUUUUGAGGUCAAAUUUGGAUUUUUUCAUCAAUAGGUCUAGUGUAAUAUAGAAAAUUUGGAAUUUUUGAUGUGAUUGUGCUAAUUGUUGAUGGAAAUGAGGGUUUUAUGAAGUUUUGGGACAUUUGUGACCUGAUUUGAGUAAAUUGGGGGAUUUGUUGAUGUGUUUUUAUAUUACACUUGAUCAGGUCUAGUGUAAUAUAAAAAGUGAAGAAGCAGUCAAACCAGAUAGGUAAUUUUUGUGGGAAAUGCUCUGAAUAUGCCGGAAAAUGUUUUUACAAUGCAUAUUAAAAAUUUUUGGCCAAUUAAAUAGCAAUUUUGAUAUUACACUAGGUACUGAUCUCUAAAAUAAGGUCGAAAACUGUGAAUUUUGGCGUUCUUUGAGUUCCAAAAGGACUGCAAUGCCAUUUAUACUCCUUUUCACGUCAAAAAAUUGUACUUUUUGCAGGUAACGCCUAUCCAAUGGGCCCAUAUCCACCACAACAGAACUACCCACCACCCCCUCAAUACCCACAACAAGGAGGCUACUACCCCGCCCAGCCACAACCACCCCAAGGAUACCCUCAAUACCCCCAUCAUCAACAGUUCUAA